AUUUUAAGUAUAAUUUAUUUUUUUCUACUUUUUUCUAGAAUAUGCAAUAUAAUGCAAUCCAAUAUCUUCACCAACCACUAUAAAUAAGAGGUGAUGAAAUCUCAAAUUCCACCAAGGAAAACAAAACACAAAGCAUUCCUACUUUUGUAACAAUUUAUCAAGUAAUGGAUAGAGUGAAGGAUUUGGCAUCAAAGAAAGCUGCAGUUAUAUUCACAAAGAGUUCAUGCUACAUGUGUCACAGCAUAACACAAUUGUUCUAUGAGCUAGGAGCAAGUCCUGCUGUGCAUGAGCUUGACAAUGAACCCUAUGGUAGGGAAAUGGAAAGGGCUUUGAGGAGUCUUGGAUGUAACCCUUCAGUGCCAGCAGUGUUCAUUGGUGGAAAAUUUGUAGGGUCAUCAAAGGAUGUGAUAUCUCUUCAUGUUGAUGGAUCACUCAAACAAAUGCUCAUGGCUGCUAGAGCCAUUUGGUUCUAGUACUAACUAUUUAAUAAAACUCCAAAGAGCUAGACCCAUAUAUACUAUAAAUCUAAUAGUGUAUAUGAUGGAGCUCUAUUUUCGCUAAGUUAGGGACACCCCUUCUUUUUGUUGAGUGUCCUUUUUAGUUGAAACUAAGUGUAUGUAAACAUAGUCUUGUUUUUUUUUUUCUUUCUUUUUUUCUUUUCCAAAAUACCAGCUUACUAUGGCUGAUGUAAAUCAAAGUUCUAUCGAACUUGGACAAUAGAGAAAAAAAACUUCUCUAUUCUUGUUAAUGCAGCUUUAAACUUUCUGAGAAA